AUGGCCUCGACGUGCCCACGGCCCCUGCUGAGGUACCGGUCCUUCGCCAUCCUCUUGCUCGCACCGCUGCUGCUGCUGCCGCUGCCGAUCACUGUGCCCACGCGGGAAGCCAAAUGCGCAUAUAUCAUCAUCAUCAUGGCUGUGUACUGGUGCACUGAAGUUAUCCCACUGGCUGUUACUUCCCUAAUGCCAGUUGUAUUUUUCCCUCUGCUUGGAGUUCAGAGCUCUAAAUCAGUGUGCUUGCAGUAUCUAAAUGACACAAAUAUGCUCUUUGUUGGAGGGCUGAUAGUUGCAAUUUCUGUUGAACGGUGGAAUCUUCACAAAAGGAUUGCGCUGAGAGUCCUGCUGAUACUUGGGGUGAAGCCUGCACUCCUCAUGCUGGGGUUUAUGAUAGUCACUGCCUUCCUGUCCAUGUGGAUAAGUAACACAGCAACCACUGCUAUGAUGGUUCCCAUUGUUCAGGCUGUCCUGGAUCAAAUGGACAACACAGAAAAUGAUGUGACCAUGAUGGAACAAGCAACUGGCCAAACAAAUACAGUGAUUGAGCUGGAGGAAAAGAAUGCAUCAGAUCCCACUCCAGUGCAGGUCAUAAGCAAUGGACAAGUUCCUGAUGGCACCAGAUCUUCUGAGGAAAAGAAAAUGAAGAAACGUAUAUGUAAGGGAAUGACACUGUGUGUGUGCUAUGCUGCCAGCAUUGGAGGAACUGCAACACUGACUGGAACAGGGCCAAACAUGGUAUUGAAAGGCCAGAUGAAUCAAUUAUACCCCAACAAUAAUGAUGUCCUGAAUUUUGCUUCCUGGUUUGGGUUUGCCUUUCCAAACAUGAUUCUGAUGUUGGUGUUAGCGUGGCUUUGGCUUCAGUGCUCUUUCAUGGGAUUCAACUUUAAAAAAAGCUGGGGAUGUGGGACAGUGAGAACUGCUAAAGAAAAAGCUGCAUACAAUGUGCUGAAAGCAGAAAUGAAGAAAUUGGGCCCUAUCUCUUAUGCUGAGUUCAAUGUCCUCGUAAUGUUUGCAUUGCUGGUUGUCUUGUGGUUUUCCAGACACCCAGGCUUUGUAAAAGGCUGGGCUAGCAGGGUCUUUCCAGAAGGAGAAAAAUAUAUCACUGAUUCUGCUCCUGCUGUGUUUAUUGCCCUGCUGCUGUUCAUCCUUCCUGCUAAUAAACCCAAAUUCAUAGGCUGGAGUUCAAGCAUGUCUGACACUGAACAGACUGAAGAAGAUAUUAAGAAGCCAUUUUUAUCAGCCCCGCUGCUGGACUGGAAUGUGGUUCAGAGGAAGAUGCCCUGGAACAUUGUGCUGCUGCUGGGAGGAGGUUUUGCUUUGGCUGAUGCAAGCGCAAACUCUGGACUCUCAGGUUGGCUGGGUCGUCAGAUGACUCCAUUAGGAUCUAUUCCACCCUGGUCCAUUGCAACAGUGCUUUCCCUUAUUAUAGCAGUCUUCACUGAAUGCACCAGUAAUGUUGCCACAGCCACUCUCUUCCUACCUGUCUUUUCAUCCAUGGCUGUAUCUGUCAAGAUCCACCCUUUGUAUGUUAUGCUGCCAAGUACUCUGAGUGCUUCCUUUGCCUUCAUGCUGCCUGUUGCGACACCUCCAAAUGCAAUAGUGUUUUCCUAUGGCCACAUCCGGGUUUUGGACAUGGUUAGGUCUGGAAUAGUAAUGAACAUCAUUGGAGUCUUCUGUGUCACACUGGCAAUCAACACAUGGGGAAGACCUAUAUUUGAGCUGGACACAUUCCCAACAUGGGCAAACAGCACAACUAAUCAGUGAGCAAUGAAGAAUUCAUGUUAUACAAGGAAAGUCCCCAUAAUCCUACUUCCUGUUGCCGAAACAUAGAGCCUUGUCACUGUUUCAGAUCCAGUGUUAGAUGCUACCUUCUGGGAGUCACACAUCAGAUCAAGUAUGGACCAACUCAUUACAGUCAUGCUGGAGACAAAUGUGCUGUUUAAUUAUGCAACCCUAAGGAUGGUAUGUUUGGAUCAUAAGUAUGAUCAAGUGAUUCACUGCAUUUUCAACCAAGGUCAAGAGUUAGAAUUUAUUUAACUUAUGAAAUAAAAAGAGGGUAAGCUGUCGUAUCAAAUAGUUUGGACUAUUUUAUCACUGGUAUGUAUCUGUAAAUCAUUGUCAUUGGACCCAGUUAAGAGCUGACAAUUCAUUAACUGCUACAUAUCAACAAGUCAGCAGCUGUACAAAGAAAUUCCCAACGUCACUUUUUUAAGGUAAAGUCUGUUAUGUUUUAAUCUGGAUUCAACCUUGUGGUGAGCUGUCUCCAAGUCAGCAUGCAAAUGUUUUUCAUCACCUUGUUUUCAUUCCUAGAUCUCAGUGCGUUUAGGCACCAUUAUCGAGAGUCAGGAUGAUGUGAUGCCAUGCUAGUUAUGAUUCUGUUGAAAUCUUGAGCAAUUAUGUUGGCUGUGUGUUCCUUGCACUGGUAGGGUCAAGAAUCUUUCCUCCAUGGGCUCCAGGUAGAUGUGGUUUCACAGGUUUUGUUAGUGCCAGCUUGGAAAUGACUGGUCGAGCAUAGGACUUCACACCUACUGGAAAAGCUCCUGGAUUCAUCUUAUUAAAUAACUGUAGAAUUUUGAAGUGGAAACAAGCCAAGAGAGAGGCUCUAAUUGAAGGCCUUGCAAACAGUAAGGGGUGCAAAUGACAGGGCUUGUGCUGAUUGUGUACUUUAGAAUCCAGGUCCUGUGACAAAACUGUAGCACCUAUUCAUGUAACUUCCGAAGCAAAAGUCAGUCAAAAAAUUAAUGUUGGACUAGGUGUAUCUUGUCAUUGUGUAUGAAUGUUUAUUUAGCCUUGAAGAUGAAGUUGGGAUGUAAGGCCUUGUGUUGUAGUGGACACAUCUAUGAUCAUGACCCAAGUUUUUGUUUCUGGAUGUGCUGUACAACCUCAGGCAGGUCAAUUUACUACUUUUUAUCUCUCUUUCCCAUUCUGAAAAGAUAUUACAGAACUUAUCUACCUCAUAGGAUGUUGUGAAGAAAUAAGGGUCAACUUAUUCCUACUUUUCCACCUUGAGGGGGGGGGAAAAAAGCUACAUCUGGCCUCUGGCACUAUAACGUGUGUAGAAUAUUUAACAGGUUUGUAGUUAACAUGAAUGUUCCUUCCAUAACUGUAAAAAAUAUUCAUGUUUUAACUUUAAAAGCGAGUCAAGUGCAUAUAUCCACAAGAUCACUAGUUGCUUUUAUGAGCAGAAAAUUUCUUCAGUAUUGAUUUGAGUUUCAUGCUUUUAUCUUCUAUGGUCUUUCAAGGUGCUGCGCACCAUAAACUCUCCACUGACUGUUGUUCCUAGUAUCUCCAAUAGCAUUCUGUCUACCUAGCUGGCUGUGUAUGAUGCAGCCUCAUACCUCUUCCAUGGGAUGAUGGGAUGUGUGGAAAAACACUUGCAAAGUUUCUCUAAGGAAAAGAUCAGUUCUAUUGCCAAGAAAUAGCUUUGUCACAGGUAUUAGUCACCACCUGAAGGUUAUCACAGUAUUCAUUUAAGGAUGUAAAGCCAGAACCAACUAAGCACCUCCUAUGCUUUGGAAAUCAUCACUUAAUGCUGACUUGCAUCUGUAGAUAUCUAAUUGCAUUUGAGAAAGUGACUUUUGUUUUGACAGUCCUUGUAAUAUGAGGACACUUCAACUGCAAGAUUCUUCAUAGCGUUUGAUCUUCACUGUUGCAGGUGAGGUACAGUGGUCUUUGUGUGGCUGGGUAACACUGAGCUUGCCUCUCUCAAUUUAUACAGAUCCAAAUUCCUCAAAAAAUGGUUUCAGCUUGAGGGUAUAGGACAGGUACUUCCCUGUCCUGUUUGCAGAAAGGAACGUUCUGAAAGUAUCUUGAUGGGAAGAGAGUGCCCUUCUCUCAGCUAGGAAAGUGCUUUCUUCUGUUAUGAAAGUAGAAAACAGAUGUCAUUUUCUGGAAUGAUUACACUGGGUGAGUUACAGACGUGCCAGAUUGGGGAGGAAAAUACUCAUGGUGGUGUAAAGA